GUUGAUCACCAAAUCAGCGGCAAGCUGCAAAACAGCGAUGCAUCUCAAAUUAAGAUCUACGAAGAAUUAUGUAUCCGCUCAAAAUAUAAUUAGCCUUUAUUUGGACAUUUAUUAUAUCGUAUUUGUGGCAUUUUUAUAAUUGCAGUUUCAAAAAAUCAUUUGGACAUCAACGCAAGGAACAUGCUAAAGCCGUUAAACGUCUUCAGAAAAUAGGUAACUACGAACGUUUGUAUAAGAUGAUUUUAGUUAUUGGUGAAAAGAUGAUUGAUGCGAUCGAGGUAAAUAAGGCAUUAAUAGUAAAUGAAGAUUUCAAUCCAGAUAAUAGAUUAUUGCCACAAAAUGUUACUAUACAAACUGCAAUAUCUACUGUCUUAGAAAACACGGCAUUCUUUGGAGAUAUUCUUCUUCAUUUUCCUCAUUUUACUCACCGUAUACUUAAAGUGCAACAAAAAUGGAAUCCGAUCAUAAAUUGGUCCUUAAAUUUUACGUAUCGUACUAAAUAUUUGUUAGAUUCGGAAACCAUUGUUAAAAUUCAUUUAGCAUCUCAAGAAUUAAACGUUAUAAAACGCGAACAGGGAUAUUCCAAUCCUUAUUGGCAGCCUACUGAGGCUCAAGAAGGAGACAACGGGAAGAUAAAGAAAAAGAAAUCGGCUACAAAAGGAAAACAGAAGAAGGGGCCACAAAUGACCAAGGUUGAGUUUUGAAUAUAAUUAUAUUUUUUUCAUAAUACGCGUACACAUGUACUUACGAUAAUAAAAAAAAAAAAAAAAUGUAUUCUUGUGUACCUUGUAAAUAUUCAAUAGAUUUCCAAUAUUAGAUGGUUUUAGUUGAUGAAAUAAUACGAGAAAAAUACUUUUUUGUGUAUAUACGUAUGUAUUUUUGUACAUUAAAAUCCAAUGGUUAUUAUUCUUAA